UGAAAGUAAUAAAUUGAUCCUGUUGAGCAAGUGUAAGGAAGAAAAAGGGAAGGGUUGACACUGAAGCAGUGCAUCCAACAAAAAAUAAUUUAUUUUGCAAAUUGCGAAAUAUGCGCGGGUCUUGGUGGCUUGAAACUCACGUUAAUAAUACGUUCCUUAUUCUCGAUCCACUCGGAGAUGACAUCAAAUUCCUUUUCUCUUUUCUUCAUUCUCCUACACUCACACACAACCAAAACCCUCAUCCGUUGAGCUCUCGAGAAACUCGAGGCUAACCAUCACUCAUAACUCACAAGUAACAACAACACCGUAUAUAUCGCCUUCAGUUACCUUCACCACACUUUCUUUCUCCCAUUCCCAACAAAACCAAAACUUUAUCUUUUUCUUAUUUCUCACGCGCUCUCGUCCGUUUCAGGUACGCUGUGCAAUAAUUAAUGAUGCCCAUUUGAUUAGAUAAUCGAAUUGUUGCGUGGAUUAGGAUUUGGAAGUGAGGAAAAGGAGAAAUGAAAUUCGGGUGUGCAUUCAGAGAGUACCUGCAGGAAGAGCGAGAGUGGUUAGUGGACGAUAAAUGUGCCCACGUCGAAUACAUCAGAUUGAAGAAAGUCUUGAAGAGUUGCCAGAAAGAUACCUCUUUGGAUAAGGACCAGUUAUGUCACUGUCACUCUUGCCCAUUGUGUGAUCAACAGUUCUUCUCUGAGUUGAUGAAGGAAGCAUCAGAUGUAGUGGUAUACUUUAGUUCAAGAGUUAAGCAUCUCCUUCAUCUUCAUAUUUCAACAGGACUGCAGAGAUAUGUAUUGCGCUUGCGCCAAUGCUUCAAAAAUGACAGGCAAGCCCUUGCCCAAGAAGGGAGGAUUCUAAUUGAGUACAUUGCAAUGAAUGCUAUUGCAAUGAGGAAAAUACUUAAGAAAUAUGAUAAAGUACACAGCUCUGUGAAUGGGGAGAAUUUCAAAUCUAGGAUGCAUGCUGAACACAUUGAACUUUUGCACUCACCUUGGCUAAUUGAGUUGGGUGCUUUUUAUCUGAAUUCUAGUGGACUAGAUGGUUGUGAGCUUGAUGGAGUCUAUGGUCACUUUUCGUGUGAUAUAAAUAUAACUAAAGCUGUAAUGACAUUGAUUCUUCCUGAUUCUAUUAAGCUCGAGUAUGAUCUACAUUGUGCAAUUUGUCUGGAUGUUAUUUUCAACCCAUAUGCUUUGAGUUGUGGUCAUAUUUUCUGCAAGUCAUGUGCUUGCUCAGCUGCCUCUGUGAUGCUUUUUCAAGGCAUUAAAGCUGCAAGUCCUGAGUCCAAGUGUCCUAUAUGCAGAGAGGUUGGGGUUUAUUCUAAAGCUGUGCGUAUGUUAGAACUUGAUUUGCUGAUGAAAAGAAGGUGCAAAGAUUACUGGAAAGAGAGGCUAGCUGGUGAACGUGCUGAUAUGUUGAAGCAAUCCAAGGAAUUCUGGAAUUUACAGUCCACAUAUGCAAUUGGGUUGCUGUAGGCUUUUAUACUUUGGCCAUCGAGACACCCGAGUAUUACAUCAUUCUGAGUUCGUCCUUUGGCUUCACUGAGCUGCUGUAGGUGAGGUAGGAUUUAAAUAGUUCUUUAGACCUUAGCACGAAGAGGGAAAUAAUAAAUAAAAACGACAACUUUGGACAGUGGCAUCCUCAGUCGUCUCGUCACUUCUCGAAAAUUUAAGGCAGAGUCGGUGAUACUGAUAGUCUAAUUCAUAGCCUUUUUUAUUUUUAUUUUUUAUAAAAUUUAUGUCGAAGGAAGUUAUCGAAUAAUUGUCAUUCUAAUUAUAUUUAAACUUGAAGUUUUAUGUGAACACUUAGACAAAUAAUUGGAUAUCAAAUUACGACUUAGGAAUGAAAUUGAACCUGGGAACUUUAAUCA